CCGACCGGAACUUGGAAGUUUAAAAAAUUUGAAGUUGGUACAUAUAUAGUAGACGUUGUGUAGAGAGAGAGAGAGGAAAAUCCAAAUCCAAUGCGAUGAUGGGAAGCGAGUCAAAUCCUACAUGGGUUGGAAGGAAACCAAUGAGAAGACUUGGUGGAAUGUCUGAUGCUCUUUCUAUUGCUUCUGAACUCGGUUUCUCUCUUCCGACUCCUCCCAAUUCCCAGGAGGAGAUCCAAAACUUAUCCUCCACCACUGGUGAAAAUGGUGAUGAUUUGAUAAGGGUCUUGAAAGAACUCACUGCUGUUCAAAGGAAAAUUGCUGAUUUACAAGUCGAACUUCAAGGUCGAAAGGAGGACAAAAAUGUUGCUCAUCUGACACAUGUCAGUGAAAUGGAAAAGAAGAUUGAAACAUUGCAAAGGAUUACUACUAUUUUGAAGGACGUUAUUCAGAAUAAGGUAAUUGACUUAAUCUGAGUUUUAACUUCUAUU